CGGGGAGGGAGGGCGGAUCGCAGCCGCCGCCGCUGCGCAGGGCUCGGGGCGGCCGGGUCCGCGAGGCGGAGGCGGAGGCGGAGCCGGCUCCAGCGCGGGAGGUGGCACCGCCGGGCCCCGCGCCUCUCUGCCCACCAUGGUCGCUGCACACGCCGCCCAUUCCUCGUCCUCUGCCGAGUGGAUCGCCUGCCUGGAUAAAAGACCAUUGGAACGAUCCAGUGAAGAUGUGGAUAUAAUCUUCACACGACUGAAGGAAGUUAAAGCUUUUGAGAAAUUCCACCCAAAUCUUCUACAUCAAAUUUGCUUGUGUGGUUAUUAUGAGAAUCUGGAAAAAGGAAUAACAUUAUUUCGCCAAGGUGAUAUUGGAACAAACUGGUAUGCUGUUCUGGCAGGGUCUUUGGAUGUUAAAGUAUCUGAGACCAGCAGUCACCAGGAUGCUGUGACCAUCUGCACUCUGGGAAUUGGAACAGCCUUUGGAGAAUCCAUUCUGGACAACACACCCCGCCAUGCCACCAUCGUUACCAGGGAGAGCAGUGAGCUGCUGCGUAUUGAGCAGAAGGACUUCAAGGCGCUAUGGGAGAAAUACCGACAGUAUAUGGCAGGACUCCUGGCUCCUCCUUAUGGUGUUAUGGAAACGGGCUCUAACAACGACAGGAUUCCUGACAAGGAGAAUACACCUCUCAUUGAACCUCACGUUCCUCUUCGUCCUGCUAACACCAUUACCAAGGUCCCGUCAGAAAAGAUCCUUAGAGCUGGAAAAAUUUUACGAAAUGCCAUUCUCUCUCGAGCACCUCACAUGAUAAGAGAUAGAAAAUACCACCUAAAGACCUACAGACAAUGCUGUGUGGGAACCGAGCUGGUGGACUGGAUGACACAGCAGACACCAUGCAUUCACUCACGCACUCAGUCAGUGGGCAUGUGGCAGGUGCUGGUGGAAGAUGGUGUUCUCAAUCACGUGGACCAGGAGCACUAUUUCCAAGACAAAUAUUUAUUCUAUCGAUUUCUGGAUGACGAGCAUGAGGAUGCCCCUUUGCCCACUGAGGAAGAGAAGAAGGAAUGUGAUGAGGAGCUCCAGGACACCCUCUUGCUGCUGUCCCAGAUGGGCCCCGAUGCCCACAUGCGGAUGAUCCUCCGAAAACCGCCUGGCCAGAGGACUCUAGAUGACCUAGAGAUUAUUUAUGAAGAGAUCCUUCAUAUUAAAGCCUUAUCACAUCUUUCUACCACAGUGAAGCGGGAGUUAGCUGGAGUUCUCAUCUUCGAAUCGCAUGCCAAAGGAGGCACUGUGUUGUUUAACCAGGGAGAAGAAGGUACCUCCUGGUACAUUAUUCUAAAAGGAUCGGUGAACGUAGUCAUUUAUGGAAAGGGUGUGGUCUGUACCCUGCAUGAGGGAGAUGAUUUUGGCAAGUUAGCACUGGUGAAUGACGCCCCAAGAGCAGCCUCCAUUGUCUUGCGAGAAGACAAUUGCCAUUUCUUAAGAGUAGACAAGGAGGAUUUCAACCGGAUCCUGAGGGACGUGGAGGCGAAUACAGUCAGACUUAAAGAACAUGACCAAGAUGUCUUGGUGCUGGAGAAGAUCCCAGCAGGGAACAGGGCUGCUAAUCAAGGAAACUCACAGCCUCAGCAAAAGUACACUGUGAUGUCAGGAAAGCCUGAAAAAAUUUUAGAACACUUUCUAGAAACAAUACGCCUUGAGCAAGCUUUAAAUGAAACAACAGAUUCUGUCAUAAAUGACUUCGUUAUGAUGCACUGUGUUUUUAUGCCAAAUACCCAACUCUGCCCAGCACUGGUGGCCCAUUACCAUGCACAGCCUUCCCAGGGCACGGAGCAGGAGAAGAUGGAUUAUGCCCUCAACAACAAGAGGCGUGUCAUUCGCCUGGUCUUGCAGUGGGCUGCCAUGUAUGGAGACCUCCUCCAAGAGGAUGAGGUAGCCAUGGCCUUCCUAGAGGAGUUUUAUGUGUCUGUAUCAGAUGAUGCCCGGAUGAUUGCUGCCCUCAAAGAGCAACUGCCUGACUUGGAGAAGAUUGUCAAGCAAAUUUUAGAAGAUGCAAAAGCUCCACAAAAGAAGCACAAAGUUCUCUUGCAGCAGUUCAACACAGGGGAUGAGAGGACACAGAAGCGCCUACCUGUCCGUGGCUCCGAUGAAGUGCUGUUUAAGGUCUAUUGUCUGGACCACACCUACACCACCAUCCGGGUACCCAUAGCUGCCUCUGUAAAGGAAGUCAUCAGCGCAGUUGCUGAUAAACUGGGCUCAGGAGAAGGCCUGAUCGUAGUCAAGAUGAGUUCUGGAGGAGAAAAGGUGGUGCUCAAGCCUAAUGAUGUUUCAGUAUUUACGACGCUCACCAUUAACGGACGCCUGUUUGCUUGCCCGCGAGAGCAGUUCGAUUCGCUGACUCCCUUGCCAGAACAGGAAGGCCCAACAGUUGGAACAGUGGGAACUUUUGAACUGAUGAGCUCCAAAGAUUUAGCAUACCAGAUGACAAUUUAUGAUUGGGAACUCUUCAACUGCGUGCAUGAGUUGGAGCUAAUAUAUCACACAUUUGGGAGGCAUAAUUUUAAAAAGACCACAGCAAACUUGGACUUGUUCCUGAGAAGAUUUAAUGAAAUUCAGUUUUGGGUUGUCACAGAGAUUUGCCUUUGUUCCCAGCUCAGCAAGCGUGUUCAGCUCUUAAAAAAAUUCAUCAAGAUAGCAGCCCACUGUAAGGAGUACAAAAACCUGAAUUCUUUUUUUGCCAUCGUCAUGGGACUAAGUAACGUUGCCGUGAGCCGCUUAGCACUCACGUGGGAGAAACUGCCGAGCAAAUUCAAGAAGUUCUAUGCAGAGUUUGAAAGUUUAAUGGAUCCUUCAAGAAAUCACAGAGCCUACAGGCUGACGGUAGCUAAACUGGAGCCCCCACUCACCCCCUUCAUGCCUUUGCUCAUUAAAGAUAUGACAUUCACUCAUGAGGGGAACAAGACAUUCAUUGACAAUCUAGUAAACUUUGAAAAAAUGCGCAUGAUUGCAAAUACUGCCAGAACCGUGAGAUACUGCAGGAGCCAGCCCUUCAAUCUUGAUGCAGCCCAGGCUAAUAAGAACCAUCAGGAUGUCCGGAGUUAUGUACGGCAAUUAAAUGUGAUUGACAACCAGAGAACGUUAUCACAGAUGUCACACAGAUUAGAGCCUCGUAGACCAUAGACAUUUAAAGUGCCAGAACAAUGGUUGGUCUCCAGUCUACAAUCUUUCAAAAAAAUUGUCAUUUAUGCUACUACUGAUGUGUGAUCCCUAGAGAAUUUCUACAAAACAAGUAAAAACACUUCCUGAGAUUUCUCAGGGCAGAACUCAGCUUACCAGCAUCAUGAUGAGAGAAGAAAUUAUUUGACUUGCAUAAAGCUUGCACUCUCUAGCUUAGGAAUGUCCAUUUUGUAGCUACCCUAUUUCAUUUCCAAUUGUGCCAUCUUACUGCCACAUAAAGUGAGGCCCACAAGAAGAGUGUGAUAGAAAUUUCAUUGUUUAAACAAAUAUUCAUUCAGUCCCUAGACAUUUUUUCUAGAAAUGUUGACAGGUCAGAUGUUGCUACACAUGGGAUUUAUUUGGAUAUAUCAGUGGCAGGAGAGUUUCAUAAUUUUUAAGUCAGCAUCAUAAUUUGAAGCAUGGGGUUCUGAGAAGGUGUUGAGGAAGCACAUAAGACCAAAUUUCAUCUUCAUAGACUUAACCUCUGACAGAAAUGAAACUGAUUACAUUACCAUAAAACAAUAUGGCUACUUUGAUCAUUUUGGAGGACUGUUCUGUAAUUUUAGAAUGAUAUAUGGAAUAAUAUUUAUGUUUACAAUGUGACUUUUAUAAACCUAUAAAUCAGGAUCACACAUGUAGGAAUUCCACUAGGAAACUCUAAGGUUUUUAAAAUGGCCAGAAUUAAGGUUAAAAAUAAAAACAUUUCAGAAGAGCACAAUAUGCACAAAACAUUUUUCAAAUUAAAAUAUUUUCCUGGGCAUUAAAAACCUUUACUAUUGGCUAACUAUUGUUACUAAUUUAAAAAAUACAUAUUUUCUGGAUUUAAAUGUUAUUACAAAUAAUUUUAAGCAAUUAUUUUGCACUUUCAAAUAGAUUGUAAAUAGUUCAUUCAAUCAAUGGUAUAGAGUUAUUUAUUUGCAACAUAAUACUGUGCCAAAUAAUUACUUUAUUUAUUUUACUUAGUAUAUAAUUUUGAAUACAUUUUUCUUGGUUUUCAUAAUUGGGCUACCUUAAUGUGUAGGAAUUGUAUGUAUGUAUAUCUCCUGUACAGCUAGUAUCUUCAUUAAAUAUAAUUGUUA